UGACAGACGUGCCACAGGAUCAGUGUAGGUGGACCAUUUAUUACAGUUUUGGGAAACGGUGGAUUGGCUGUUGGCUUCUGUGGAAUUCCUCCUGAAUUUGUGUUGUCGGACAAAGCGUGAAGUUUCCUGAGCCUGUUCCAGUUGGUGUGGGAGUUAAGGGGGAGUUUCCGUCACUUGGAUCAGAGAUUGAGAAACGGAGGGAGAGAAGGAUCUGGGGGAGAAAGAAGGAGGGAAGAUGAGGAGGAGUUUAAACGGGAGGUGGGUGAAGGAGGGAUAAACGUUAAGGAUGGACCGAGCUUGUGAGCAGGUUGCAGCAGAGGAUGUGGGCAAGUGAGAAGAAUGUUUUUGAGGAUUUAGUUAUUGUCAGUUUUUUUGACGUUAAACUGUAGAAUCAAGUGCUCAUCUCUUGGGACGUCUCCAAAGCCCCAGGGCGGUUUGACCUGGAGGAUCGGGUUCCUGCACCUGAAUCUGAUAGCAGAAAGAUGAGGACGAGUCAGGCUAGGGGAUUCAGAAUGCUGAUGACCCGAUGGAUGCCCCGGAAGAUCUGAGCCCACAGAGAGCAAUUGUCGAAGCUCUCCCUCACCCUACACCUCCUACCUACAAAUCAGAGUAGAUCCCUCCUUCCUCAUCAGUGACCCUUGCCUCUGGGAAGUAUGCCUGGAUGGAGGUCCCAAUGUCAUCUUGUGCUGCUCAAUCUGCUAUCCUGUGGCCUGGAGAUCUGUGUGGCAGGUGGCAUCACCUAUGUGCCACCACUGCUACUGGAGUCUGGCAUAGAGGAGAAGUACAUGACCAUGGUGCUAGGUAUUGGUCCAGUUCUGGGCCUUGUCUUCAUCCCUCUCAUUGGUUCAGCCAGUGACCGCUGUAGCAAUAGUUAUGGACGCCGGCGACCCUUCAUUUGGCUACUGUCUCUGGGUGUGCUCAUGGCCAUGCUCAUCAUCCCUCAUGCUGACGUCCUGGCUGCCCGUCUCAGCUGGGGUGGCAGUGCCCAUCCUAACCAGCCCCUCCAGGUGGGCCUGCUCAUCUUGGGUGUGGUGCUGCUAGACUUCUGCAGCCAGGUGUGCUUCACACCACUGGAGGCACUUCUCUCAGACCUGUACAGUGGGCGUGAUGAGUGCACCCGUGCCUUUGCUACCUUCUCCUUCAUGGCAAGUCUGGGUUCAUGCUUGGGAUACCUCCUGUCCUUGCUCGACUGGAGCUCUGGUCCACUUGCCCAAACCCUGGGUGGCCAAGCCAAGGGACUCUUCACUUUCCUUAUUCUAAUCUUCGUCUUCUGUGUGCUGGUCACCAUGAAGGCAUCAGAGGAGGAAGAGGAGACUGAUACCUUGGCUAGAUGCCUCUCCUUCUGCUAUAUGCCCCGGAGACGGUUUAAGAUCUGCCUCCCAAGGGCAAGUUCGCUAAUAUGUGUGCUCAGGAGCUGCUGGUCAGUUACACCGGCGAUCUUCAGAAGCUACUGCCAUGUGCCAUAUGUUAUGAGGCGUCUCUGUGCUGCUCAGCUAAGUAGCUGGAUGGCCAUUGUGAGCUUCAUGCUUUUCUACACGGACUUUGUUGGAGAGGGACUUUACCAAGGAGUGCCCAGUGCGGCACCAGGCACAGUAUCCAGGCAGCAAUACGAUGAAGGUAUCCGUAUGGGCAGUCUGGGGCUGUUCCUGCAGUGUGCUACCUCAACCUUCUUCUCAUUAAUCAUGAACCGGCUGGUGUGUACAUUUGGCUCCAGGAAGGUCUUCUUGUUCAGCAUGGUAUCUUUUACCCUCUCGGCGCUAGUCAUCUGCUUGUCCAAGAGUGUGCUGUUGGUCACGGGGAUGUCGGCCCUUACCGGCUUUGCUUUUGCCACCUUACAGACUCUGCCGUACACACUUACCUGCCACUACCACCAAGAGAAGGAGGUGUAUAUGGCAACCAACAAAACCAAAAAGACACACACAAACAGGAUAAACAUCUCCCCUGAAACAAUAUGCCUCACACUGAAUGAAGACAUGAGUGAUCUGAACCAUAAUGGCCAUGCCCGCUAUGACCAGGAUGACCUGGAAUAUUACAGUCAGAAUGCUACGCACGUCGAUUACAGAUCAGAUGAUUAUGACAAACGUGGCAUAGGCUUGGAUUUUGCUAUUCUUGAUAGCACCUUCUUGCUCUCUCAGGUCUUCCCUUCUCUGUUCAUGGGCAUGAUUGUCCAGUACACACAGUCAGUCACUGCCUACAUUGCUGCUUCUGCCAUUUUUGGUGCAAUCAGUGUGUAUUUUGCCACACGUGUCAUCUUUGAACAGAAGGACCUUGAGCACUAGGAGAAAAUCCUAAAUUUGAAAGUCUAGGUGCCUUUUAAGGCUUCUCUCCAGGAAUAAACAGGUUCUUAGAACACAGAUUUAGGCUUAAUGCUACUAGAAUACCAAAACCCAGCCUGAAAAAAAACAAAAAAACAACCUGUAAUAAAUCUGUAGUCAUUCAGCAUCA